UACUUCGAUUAAUAUAUAUAUAUAUAUGGAAUCAGUCUACAUAUUCCUCCAUAGAGCUCAGUCUCAGGCCCUCUCUCUCUCUCUCUCUCUCUCCCUGUGUUUGCUAAAUCCAAGGAACGAAACCCGCAGGAAAAGCAGAAUUUGAAGCAAAGCUAUGUCUUCCAUCUGGGCUUUCAUGGCGAGUUGGUUCACACCCACCUCGCUCUUCGUCCUCCUCAACCUCACCAUCUUCGCCAUCAUUCUCACCUCCCGUCUCGGUUCUCAGAGAAAACCACAUGAACAGCAACACCACCACCACCAGCUUGAGCAAGCUCCGUCCUUUCUCAACCGAGUAAGGUCGAUCAACUUCUCACUCUACAAGUUCGAGAAACCCAACGCCGCAGACCCAGUCACCGAGUUUUUCCAACCCGCAGGCGUUCUCGAUCACGUCGGAAUUCCGUACCAGAACCCGGAUCACCCUUCGACGUCACAACUCGCCAGGUCUCCUUCCCUCUUGGACCGCCUCAAGUCCAUCAACUUCUCACUCUACAAGUUCGAGCAACCCAACGUCGCAGACCCAGUCACCGAGUUUUUCCAACCCACAAGCGUUGUCGAUCACGUCGAAAUUUCGUACCAGAACCCGGAUCACCCUUCGACGACACAACUCGCUAGGUCUCCUUCCCUCUUGGACCGCCUCAAGUCCAUCAACGUCUACUCUCUCUACCGAUCGGACUCGUCCGCAAUGGAAUCGGAAAUUCUUCACCCCACGGAGCCCGACCAAGGCACUCGGAAUCUGAAAGCGGAGACUGACAACAUGAUCAAGCGAAGCAACUCGGACAAUGGCGUCGGAGUUCCUAAAAGACCGGCGGUGGAGAAGAUAACGAAGUCUGCGAGCGAGAAGUCCGCGCUAGGGAGCUCGGAGGAGAUCAAGACGGGGAGAGCCUUGCCGGACGAAGAGGUGGACGCGAAAGCGGAUGAUUUCAUCAACAGGUUUAAGCAGCAGCUGAGGUUGCAGCGCCUCGACUCUCUUCAGCGUUACAGGGAGUCGCUGAACAGAAAUAAUUAGGAUCUUCAAUUUUGUUUUUCGCUCGGCCGAUUAUGUCCAGCUAUGCUUCAUCACCCUAUGCGAAUAGUAUGGGUAUUUCGGUCAUUUAGGCUUAUUACUGUAUAUUAAUCUGAAUGUGUA